AGGGGCAGGAGACAGUACGAAGGGAGAGGGCUAGAGGGGUUCAGCUUGUUCCCAGGACGGUGUCUUGCUUUUGUUUUUCUUCUGAAUUGUAUAUACUCUCCUCACUCCCAAAUACUCUUAAUGCAUUAUGGAAAUUAUGAAAAUCAGAGAACCAAAGGGGGAGAAAGCAGUAUCCUAUAUUUCUUCUACAUCAAAAAACAAAAACAAAAAAACACACACUGCCACUCCAAUUUGUACUUGUCUUUCUGGAGGUUUUCUAAAAUGUAAUGAAAGACCGUCAAGAUUGGGGUGUUUGCUGCGGGGGAUUAAACCCAGAAUUUGGGGUAAAUGAGGCAAAGGCUGCACCACUUAGCUAUGUCUUCAGCCCCCUUCAUUAUCAGCUUUUUUAAAAAUUACAUUUCUGUUCUGCUUUCUGUUUGUUUAAGAUGCAGUCUCACUUCGUAGGCUUGGCUGGUCUAGAACUCACUAAAUAGACCAGGCUGGCCUUGAACUCAGAGACCUACCUGCCUCUGCCUUCCCAAUGAUGAGAUUAAAAGGUGCACACAAAUCCUGUCUUGCCUAAAUUAGAGUUAAGAAAAUUAUUUUCUGUAACUGGGUGCAGUGGCGUUCACCUGUAAUCCCAGCACUCUGGGAGGCAGAAGCAAGUGUGAGUUGGAGGCCAGCCUGGUCUACAAAGUGAGUCCAGGGAUACACAGAGAAACCCCGUCUCAAAAAACCAAAGGGAAAAAAAAAAUUGUGUGUAUACAGGGGCGUGCCAUGGUGCAUCAAGUCAGGGGAGGGCUUUUGAGAGUUGGUUCUCUCCUUCCACAUGUGAGCCUUAGAGAUGGACUCGGGUCACUAGGCUUGGUAGCAGGUGUAUUUGCCUGCUGGCUGUCUCAAAAGCCUCACCGUCAGCUUUUAAAGAAGCAGAAAGCCCUGCCUGGCCUUAGGGACCACCAUGACUGAAGUUGGUUGGUGGAAACUGACCUUCCUGCGGAAGAAGAAAUCCACGCCCAAAGUGCUCUACGAAAUCCCUGACACCUACGCCCAAACGGAGGGAGGCGCAGAGCCCUUGGGACACGACAGUGGAGACCCUCACAGCGACUUCAACAGCCGCCUGGAGAAGAUUGUGGACAAGAACACCAAAGGCAAGCAUGUCAAGGUCUCCAACUCUGGCCGCUUCAAAGAGAAGAAAAAAGUCCGAGCCAUGUUGGCGGAGAACCCCAGCCUCUUUGAUGACAGGGAGGACAAAGGACAAUGAAGGCAGCCGAGGAGGACACUAGCACCUCCCUGUUCCCUGCCACUCGUGGGGUCUGAGGCAGGAGCUUGUUACGCUGGCCUCUUUGGUCAUAGCUAAAACCACGGUGGUGGUUGAUCCCUGCUGGCAGGAACACCUGGUUCUUAGGUUUGUAUUUAUGUGCCCCAGCUUUACGAAGGGCCUGUGAGACCCCAAGGGUCCUCGCCCCAUGAUCACAUACAGAGACGCUCUGGUCCACCAUGAAAAUUGUCACUUAGAAGUACUGCCAUCCUUGGCACAGUGGCUUCACAGAGAACAGACAGGGAACAGGGCAGACUCCACCCUCUCCCUGGCACAGGGUUAAAGGUGAAUUUGAAUUGCUGCUCUCUCUACUUUCUCUACCUGUGACUGUUCCCUGGACCAAUCCUAGAAAGGCAGGGUUGCGAGGAAGCCACGUGACAGUGGUUUCUUUGGUGCCAGAGGCGGAGUGCUGAACUUGAGAUCACCUCUUAGUUCAAGGAGUAAACUUCCUGGAACUUUGCUCCCAGGGGCGAAGGAUGUGGCACUCCCCAGGGUGCUGCAGAAGGCCAGACGGGGAAUCCCCCUGAACCCUCGCCUUGACCACCACUUGUGUGGGUGCCAGGUUACACACCCCAGCCCAAGGGUCCAAAGUGGAGGAGUGAACGGCUUUCCUCCAUGCCUUCCCUGGUAGUAUUUGAGAUGGAUCAGCCCCAGGAGUCAAUCCCGGAGCCUUGAAUUUUGUUUGAAAAGUUAUGGUAGGUUUUACUUAGGAAUAAACAAUGCUGCAGAAACAAA